AAUCAAGCAAAGCCAACAACACAAGGAAGAAACCAAGUAACUGCUUCAAAUCAAACCAGCUAAAAAGCACACACCAUCAAUUCAUAAUUUCUACUAUUUAUUAGCUUGCUUUUUUUUUCCAUAUAUCCUAACAUGUUGUCUCGUUAUAUUUCCAAAUCAGUUGGUCAAGUAUCCACUGUUGCCAAAAGAUAUUCCUCCAUCAUUUCCGUUCAUAGAGACACCACCGAAGAUAACCAAAACAUACCAUUUGAAUUCAAUUCCGAAAACUUGAAGAGAGCCCAAGAAAUCAUUGCUAAAUAUCCACCACAAUAUAAAAAGGGAGCAUGUAUGCCAUUAUUGGACUUGGGACAACGUCAAUUGGGAUUCACAUCUAUUUCCGUCAUGAACUACGUUGCUAAAAUGUUGGACAUGCCACCAAUGAGAGUCUAUGAAGUUGCCACUUUCUAUACCAUGUAUAACAGAAAACCAAUGGGUAAAUACAACUUGCAAGUUUGUACCACUACCCCAUGUCAAUUAUGUGGUUCUGACGGAAUCAUGAAGGCAGUUAGGGACCAUUUACAAAUCAAACCAGGUCAAACUACCCCAGACAAGUUAUUCACUUUACAGGAAGUUGAAUGUUUAGGUGCAUGUGUCAAUGCGCCAAUGAUUGCUAUUAAUGAUGACUAUUAUGAAGAUUUAACUCCUGAAGCUACCGUGGAUUUAUUAAAACAAUUACAAGCAGGCAAGGAAUUGACCAAGAUUGGACCAGUUUUGAAUAAGAGAGAAUCUUGUGAACCAUUCAGCGGACCAAAGGUUUUGUUAGGUAAAGAACCUACUGAUAUUAGAAAGUUCACUAGAGCUGACUUGUAAACAAAAGACUAGCUUAAAAUCUCUUUGCAUUCUGUAUCAUAAAUAAGUUUUAAUUUAUAUUCAUACUACGUGACUGUGUGUGUGUGUGUGUGUUUGUGUGUGUGUGUUUCUCGUUGUGGUAAACCGUAGACAGUUAUCUAAAUCGUUGAGAUGGGACUGAUUCUUCUUUUGUUCUUUGCUAUUGUUUCAUUAGGGACAAACACAAGAUAGAAAAAUAGCAAGAUACCAUUCAAUGCAUAUUCACAAGCAACUCGGUUCAAUCAUGUAUACAAUAAGAAAGCUGU